AGUGGGGGAGUGGGGGAGGGGUGAUGGUGCGGGACGGUGUGAUGUGGGUUAGGAGGGGUAUGUUCCUAUAACCUGUACGAGUAACGAGAGGACGGGCGAUCCGGGAGUGGAGACAGUAGGUUGGUUCUCGUUGUGCUCUUUUGUUCUUUGUUUGGGUUCUUGUGUAAAUAGUGAGAGAUGUCUUGUAACAGUUUCUGUAUAUAGUCUUUUGUACAUGGGGAGAGAGGGAGGGGGGGGCCAAGUGGAAAUGCAAGGUUUACCUCCGAGAGAGAAAUUAAAUAAAAUAAAAGUCUUUUUUAUGCCAAUGGUAACUUUUUUUUUUGUUCUGUGGGGAUCUCUCUACCUAGAUAGAAACACGUCGUGUAAUCGUCCCUUCUGCGGGUUUCUUUUUAUGGGCAACAUUUUAUUACAAAGGAUCUGGGGAGAGGAGGCGAGGGAGGGGGAUCUUAGGCCCCAGAAGUCCUUAGUCGACCGGGCACUCUGGAGUCAAAAGGCAGGCACUUUUUUUCUGGGAUUGACUCUGGCUGUGCUGCAUCACUUUGCACCAACAACCAAUCGCAAUGCGAUAUAGAAAACAACGCGGCGGAUGGCUAGUCUACCAUGUCGCAUUGAACACUCAUUGCUGUGGAGUCUGAUAAAUACAAAUGAUGUUCAUUUGAA